CUGACACACAUAGGAACUUCCCAUCAGUCAUCGUGAUAGGGAGGCGGAGAAUUGGGCCAGGAAGUUUGCUUACAGCAAGGAAGAAAUAUCCUAAUGGCAUAAGCUGUGCUGCUUAGAAUGCUGAUGGCUGUAGGUGAGUAUGAGGCAGUGCAUGACAGCAACAGCAUGGAUGAAUUUGCUGUGCCUCGAGGAUCGGAAAAGGAGCUACGAGACCAACAUUCCCACAUUGAGAGGAUAUUUGGUAUCGCAAUGAACAUUUUAGGAGUUCUUACUCAAGAUCAGUUAUCCCUGCAAUCACCCGGACAGCAGCAGAUGUGGCUGCAGCUUCAAGGUAACAAAAGGAACAUAGUAAAGGCCAAGGAUUAUAUUAAAGGACUAUGCUCCCCAGAGUUAGAGGAAUAUGUCAACUACCCACGUGAGAUGCACUGUAUUUUUGUAGGGGCAAGAGGUCUUUUUCUUGAUUGCUUAAUUCGAGCCACUUCAUCAUGUGUGCAACCACAAACUCCUGGUCGUAUUAGAAUCUCUGGCCUAUUAGAAGAAGUGGUAAUGGCCCAGAGUCGGAUUCAUACUUUUUUAGAUGAAAGUAUAUCCAAAGCAGAUGACCAAGAAGCUUCCAUCAAAAGGAAUUUCAAGGAUCUGGUGGAGAAGCAUAAUGAUCAUCAUUCACUGGAUCUUCUAAUACUCCCUACUUCCAUAAAAGAACAAUUACUAUUCUUAGUAGAAGAAGAUAAGUAUCUCGGGGUGAAACAGUUAAUAACCCAUGAAAGGACACCUAUGCAACCAUCAGACGCAGCAAUGAGCAAUAGUCCUUUCUUCACUGCACCUGUAGAAUUCCAAAAUCCAAUAAUUACGAACAGUGCAACAUCUCAGCCAAUGGAUAGAUCUAAAUCAAAGUCCACUAAAAGAAUUUUGCGCCAAAGGGCCUCUGAGCCACGCCAAUUAAUUACUGAUAGUACAUGGGAUAACAGCAGACAUCCAAUGCAGAUAAGUAACAACAAGGGACCUACAGUACAGGAAAACAAUCACUACCCCUCUAGUCAACAUGCAGAAGAACCUACCCUGAGUGAAAAGGUGGAACCAUUAGAUGAUGAACAUGAUGAUGAGUUCAAGCAGAUAUCUGGAUUGCUUGAUACCAUAAUGGGAAGGGAUGAGAGAGAUCCUGGCUCUCAAGCUCAAUUUUCUUUGGGAACACAAAAAGAGUUUAACAUGCUUUUAGAUUUUUUUAAGACGAUGGGUUAUCAGGAAUCUGUUGUUCUUAAAGUGCUACAUGAGAAUGGGAUCCAGGAACCAUCGGAAAUACUGGACAAAGUUAACAUGGAGCAAUCUAGCCAUGAUCAGCUCAUGAGUCAAAAUACCAGGCCUUCAAUGUUAAAAGGGAUAUCAUAUACUCUUUCCAACAAUGAUGACGAUGAUAGUUACCUUCUAGAAGUGAUGAAGUCAGCAGCCAAGAAUUGUGGCUAUUCACCAAGUGAAAUUGAAGACAUUGGAGAUGGUUCUGUGACAGGACUGUUAAGAAAGCUGAAUGAAAAAAACAAUCCGGAGGAUUUUGCAAUGGCUGUUAAAGCUCAAAAUAAAGGGCAACAACAAAUGGACUUUAGACUUCAGCAGAACGCUGUUUCUCAAUCGCAACCUGAACCAAACAUUUCAGACUCUAGGAUGGUACAAUUCAAUGCUGGAAAGCAGGCAACACUGGACAGAAACUUUCCAGAGGAGGAUAUAUUUAAUGGUGGUGCCCAACAGGAACCUGUGGUUAUGGAUGAAAUUAUAAAGAGAGAUGAACACAAUGUCCCUGUUGUAACAGGAGUACAGAGGUUUAAUGAAGCAAUGCAGACACCUUUUGAGCUAAAUUUAAGAAAUGAAAAAGGAAAUGGCCAACUGAGGCAUAUUAUUAUAGAUGGCAGUAAUGUGGCUAAGAUACAUGGUCUCCAUCGUUUUUUCUCCUGCCGUGGCAUUGCACUAGCUGUACAGUUCUUCUGGGACAGAGGGCAUCGCAACAUCACUGUCUUUGUGCCCCAGUGGAGGAUGAAAAAGGAUAGCAAGGCUAAAGAGCAGAACUUCCUAACUGAGCUAAAUGAUCUUGGGCUUCUCUCUUUCACCCCUUCAAGAACCAUCGAAGGCAAAAGAAUUACAUCUUAUGAUGACAGGUUUAUGCUACAGCUGGCAGAGAAGACAGACGGCGUAAUAGUCACAAAUGAUUAUCUAAGGGACAUUUUUGCAGAAUCUCAUGCUUGGCAGAACAUCAUAAAGGACAGAUUGCUGCAGUUCACUUUUGUUGGAGACAUCUUUAUGGUUCCAGAUGAUCCUCUAGGGAGAAACGGGCCACCUUUGGACGAGUUUCUUACAAAGAGUUCUUUACCUAAGGCUAAAGCCAAAGGUCAUUCAUUUGCUGGGCGAAGGGCUACCCAUGCUCAACCAAAACCAUCUUCUCAAACAGAAGUCCUCAACCUUCGGGACAGAAAACCAGUUGGAUAUAAGGAGAGACAAGAUGAAGGUGUUCGUUCUCCCAUAGACACUGAGAGGCUGAGAUGUGAACUCUUAAGUAUAUUUCCUCAACAGGACUUUAAAGUGGAUUUUAUACUCCAAAAGGAGCCAUGCCUAAAUAAUCUUAAUAAGCUCUCAGAACUUCUUAUAAACCUCAAGUUUUGAACUACAGGCAAAUGAGUGACCAAAACAUUUUGUACACUGAUAUAAGCACUGCUGUAUCUUUAAUGGCAGCCACUAAGAAGGUCUGCUCUGGAUUAUUUAUUGCUCUUUAAAAAAACUUACCUUCUGAAGUUCAAUACAAAGGACUUACUGGUUUUUCAGUGCAUACCUUCCAAGCAGCAAAUUUAAGACAUAAAAAGAAAGAAAAAAGUAAUAGAAUGUAUAAGUUAUCUCAGUAAUAGUAUGUAUUAAAGGUUUUACAAAUCAUGAACUGUGUAAUGUGGGUACUAUCGACAUCUGACACUUGAUGUGCUUUUCAUCUUCUUUUUUUAUCUAGCCGUAGAAUAAUAUUAAAAUGUACAGUUACCAUUUUAUGUCCUUACAUUGUAAUUUUUACUUUUGGUGCAGAUUUU